AGGAUACGCCCUGUCCAUGGGACGCCCGCGGCUCCUCCGCGCGCUGCCGGUGCCACGCUGUCCACCCUGGCCGGCACCGGAACCGUGCUGCUGGCGCUGGGCGCGGCGUCCAGGCUCAGUGUCUCCGCGAGAGCAGACUCUGUGAAGCUCUUCUCGCCGGCGAAGGUGAAUCUCUUCUUGAGGAUCAUCCGCAGAAGGCCGGACGGAUAUCAUGAUCUGGCAUCGCUUUUCCAGACGGUUGCCUUUGGAGACACCCUGGAAAUUGAGGCGUUGCCAGAGGGUGCCGAGAAGGACGAGUUGGAGUGCAACCUGCCUGGGGUGCCGGUGGACGACUCCAACCUCGUGAUCCGAGCGCUGAAGCUCUUCCGGAAGAAGAGCGGCUUUCGCACCUUCUUCAGGGUGAACUUGGAAAAGGAAAUUCCCGCGCAGGCUGGAAUGGGUGGUGGAAGCAGCAACGCAGCCACAGCCUUCUUUGGUGCCAACCUGCUCUGCGGCAUGAAGGCCUCGCCUGAGGACUUGAUCAGUUGGGCUGACGAUCCAGUCAUUGGCUCCGAUGCGACCUUCUUCCUCUCCGAAGGCACUGCAUACUGCACGGGAAGAGGUGAGAUCGUGACGCCGAUAGACGGGCUGCCUAUCAAGGAUGGGCUCAGCGUGUUCCUGGUCAAGCCGAACUACGGACUGUCCACCGGCAAAGUCUUCAAGGCCAUGGACCUUGAGGCGUUGAGCAAAGUGGACCCGGAGGAGCUGCUGAAGGCCUUCAAAGAAAAGGGCACCUCGCAUAGCUCCUGGGUCAACGACUUGGAGAAGCCUGCCUUUGUUGUUUCUCCGGAGCUCAAAGAGCUCAAGGAGUUCUUGAGCGAGUGCGGCUUUGAGGCGGUGCUGAUGUCCGGCUCCGGGAGCACCAUCUUCUGCCUCGGCGAGCCCAAGGAAGGAAAGGAGGCAUUUGAGGCCACCACAAAGGAGCGCUUCGACAUCGAAGGCAUUUGGCAAACUCACUUCAUGCGUAGGCCGAGCCCAACCGAAUGGUACGAGAAGGCGUAAUCUGAGGGGCGAACCGCAUAUUUGCCGAAGUCUCGGGCUUGGUUUUAUGUUCAGCCUCACAGCGGUCCCCGCUUGGCCCAUUUAAGGGGAUUUGAAAAUCAGGGUCAGGGCUGU